AUGAUCCAGUCUGGACAACCACGCCCUACAUCGGGAAUGAGGCCUCGCGCUCUGGAACUGACACAGGAUCGCACAAUAUUGAUUGCACUCGACACAUCUGAUUUUGCAGUAGCUGCAUUAAAGUUUGCUGCUACUCACGUCAUUCGAGACAAUGAUGCCGUCGUGCUGCUUCGUGUGGUAUCAGAACAAGAUGCUGUUGAUACCUAUUAUGCUGAUUUCGUUUCGAGUGAAGAUGAAUUGAGGGCUGAAUUGAAUGCUGCUGUACUAUUUCUUGGUGCUUCUCAAGCUGAACUUUUGGUUGAAACGUACUCGAAAUCUAUUGCAAACUGGAGUGACUGCCAUGCUGUGCAAGUCUUUGCCGAAGUCAAGAUUGCCAGUACUAGCGUGGGUGAAACUAUUUGCUCGUACGCAGACGAACUCAAACCAAGUAUGAUUGUUAUGGGAUCUCGAGGUCUUGGAGUGGUGCAUCGAAUGCUAUUGGGCUCCACGUCUUCAUAUGUAUCUCACCAUGCUGGAGUCCCUGUACUGAUUGUUCGAGAAGAGACUACGAGAGAGGUCGUAAAACCAGAAGAAAGCAAAAGCACACAUCCGAAACCGGCGCCAAUGAUUCCUGCUUUGAAAACUGAACUAUUGUAA